AUGAGCGCGCAGGCAGUGAUGGAGAGCGCACUCGACACUUCCAAAGGCAAAACAGGACUUCGGCGCCCGGAGAAGCCCCCGUAUUCUUAUAUUGCUUUGAUUGUCAUGGCUAUCCAGAACUCACCCAGUAAAAGACUGACUCUCAGUGAGAUCUACCAGUUUUUACAGGCGCACUUUUCCUUCUUCAGAGGCGCAUACCUGGGAUGGAAGAACUCUGUGAGACACAACCUGUCUCUGAAUGAAUGCUUCAUAAAGCUGCCUAAAGGCCUGGGCAGGCCCGGGAAGGGUCACUACUGGACUAUAGACCCCAGCAGUGAGUUUAUGUUCGAGGAGGGUUCCUUCAGACGCAGACCGCGGGGCUUCCGGAGAAAGGGCCAGGCGCUGAGGCCCAUGUACCGGGUGAUGAGUGGCAUGGGGUUUGGUGCCUCUGUGCAUCCCGGGACUUUUGAUUUCCAUUCCUCUGGCUCUUUAACCCACCACAGUGGGUAUAAUAUAGACCUCAUGGGCACAGGCACAGGUGGAUAUGAGGGUCUGAGCACAAUAACAAAUUCCCCAUACUUCUGUCCAGCGGCCGGUGGCUGCGCGGACAAUGGUCCAGAUUCUCAGCUCUGCGGGGACUCCCUCUACAAGACUGGACCCUCACACUGCACGUCCUCUGGCCUCAUGUCGUACAUCAAACAGUCCCAAGAUCCAGCAUCCACGUCUCUGGACCAGAGUUACUUGCAUCACUGCGCUCAAGACGUAAAUGUGGGAAAUCUCCGUCUGACCUCCUCCUGCGACCGAAAGGAGCUUCUGUCCUGCGCCAACAGCAGCUCGUACCAGACUCAGAACCAGAGCCUCUUCCACAGGAGCAGCUAUGACAUCAAAUCCUGUCUUGUGUGA